AUGCUUCAUUCCCGCCCACCCACACAAAACUUCUUUCCUGGUACUAUCUAUUCUAGUGAGAUCUUUGUUGGCGAUCCAUACACAUUUCUGUUUGUCAAAAGAGGCAUUUUACAGUUUGUGUAUGUGAAACCUGUGUUGGCUAUUAUUACCAUGGUAUUGAAGGCCACUGGCAAUUAUCAUGAAGGUGAAUUUACACUCAAAAGUGCUUAUUUCUACUUGACUUUCUUUUACAACAUCAGUGUAUGUUUGAGUUUAUGGUGUCUAAUGGUCUUUUUUUAUGCUACCAAAAAAGACCUUACUUCAUUCAGACCACUUCCCAAGUUUCUUUGUGUCAAGGCCAUUAUUUUCUUUUCUUUUUGGCAAGGUGUGGUUGUUGCCUUGUUGGUCUUUGCUGGCAUUAUUCCAGAAUCCGAGCAUAUUUCAGUAGCCAUUCAAGAUUUCCUUGUGUGUAUUGAAAUGGUUCCUUUUGCCAUUGCCCAUGCAUUCUCUUUUUCAUAUGAAGACUAUUUUGACCAAACAGUUCAUUCUGCCCGUAUGCCUAUUCGUAAAGCCAUCUCAGACUCACUUGGCUUAAAAGACGUCAUGAUGGACACACUCGAUACACUUCAAGGCUCUCGAUUCAGUUAUCGCUCAUUUGAGCCCUCAGAAGGCGUACCCCAUAUGGGCAGUAGUCGUACAUCCCGUAUCAUGGCAGGUCUUCGUUACUCAAACAUGACAACAAAAAAGCAUUGGCUUGAACCAGCACCUACUUCUCGCUUCCUAAACUCAUCAGGGCGUGGCAUGAAUGAUGAAAUUCAAGUGGAAGAUGAUCAUGAGCCCUUGGUCUUUGAAGACCCUCAGCCAACAGACGAUAUGGAAGCAUUGUAUAAAGCCAGUCGUAAGAUGGUCUUUGGUGACUAUAAUUAUCCUGUCAUUGAUUUUCGAGUGCCUUUGUGGCGGCUGGCCCGUGAAGAACGUCGCCAGCAGCGUCAGUAUGGUGGAUUGGGCAGAUCAGAUCCACUUCAUAAGAAAAAGAAUGAUUUGAUUGGACCAAGAGAAGGUUGUAUUGAUGUGAUUAUAGAACAAGGCAAAGGCAAUUAUGUUCUUGUGGAUACACUCAAUGAAGAAGAAGAGGAACAGAGUAACAAAUCGCCUUUGCUACCAUCACCACAACCACCACCUAUAUCACCAGCAAGGAAUCCUACACUCACAGACGUAAAACGUAUUCAGGAACAAGUCGCCAAAAAUAAAGAACAAUUGGAUAAACAAAGACCGCCACCUGUGAUUGUCCAGCCUUCUCAUUCUACUCCUCAACAACAAGUCUCUAGAUACCCUCAACCACAGUCUUCUGUGUCUUCAUCUUUAUUCGAACCCAUUCUACAAAAUGCAUCCAAAACAUCCGUCCAUCAACCCGCCUCAACAAAUUCCAUGUAUCAACCACCUUCAGAAGAAGAACAAAACUGGCGUUGGCCUAAUGAACAUACCAGAAACAGGUACAAUGAAGAAGAACUGUUGACGGGCGACGUAUGGAAGUAG